AUGGCUAUAUACCAAUGUGAAGACGAGCUUGACAGGCUGCUGCUGCAGCUGAAAGCAUCUCUUCACAACUUUGAGCAACUAGACGAGCAGCAGCAAAGUGACCGGUUCAGCGAGGCGCUGCUGCUCAUCGAAAGGGCGAAGGUUGCAGAAGUCAACUACCAACAAGAAAUCGACGUUCUAAAGGCGCAAACUAAGCAGUCCCACCUCAUGCGGUUGCAUGAAAAGCAACAAAAAUUUAAGGAGCUGAAGGAUAAGCUUGCAGAACUCAGAACCGUUGUAGAGCAAAACGAGCUCAACCAAUUUGAGAAACUCAAGGAGUCCGGACAUUUGACUCACGCUCAGAAACUUAUCGCAUGGGGUGACGAUAUUCAGGACAAGACACAGAGCUCCAUUAACAGAAUGAGAACACUUACCAUUACCUCAGAAAAGCUCGGAGCAGAAGUGACGCAGGACCUUGAAAGGCAAACCGAAAGUCUUUAUCGCGUUGGGAGGACUAUAAAUGCCGUUGAAGAAAAUGUUGUGACCGCGAAUGCAACCUUGAAGCAGAUCGCAAAGGGUAUCCUUCGUGAGAGGCUUGUGCAGAUUCUAAUAGCACUAACGGUGCUCAUGGCUAUAGCCACUGUGCUGUUGAUAGUAUACCGCGGUAACGGCACGUAG